GCUUAUUUCCCUCUAGCACCCAGCAGUAGCACAGUAUCCAUGAGCCAGAUAUAGCACUUCUGCCACUUUGGCAUUCUUCCUGGACUUACAGAACAGAAUCCACUGCUACUUGGUUAGGCAAUGGUUAUCGACAGUGGCUCGUGAUUGGGUUUGACUGUAGUUCAACGCAGACGGUGACAGAGUGAUCCUUUUUUCUCCAGAAACAUCGCUUUUUGUUGUCUAUUUAAAAAAAAAGCAAAGAAAGAAAAAACAUCGGAUUGUUGUGAAACUGGUUUGUAGCAACUUUUUCUUGCAUUUAUUUCCCCAGAAUAUGUCGUUGACCAACACAAAGACGGGCUUUUCUGUAAAGGACAUUUUGGAUCUCCCUGACACGAAUGAUGAAGAAGGAUCUAUCACCGGAGCGGAGGAAGAUACGGAGGGAUCAGAGACAGCUUCCACGACGAAAAACAGUGGAGUUUUGGUGCAGAGUCCGCUCGAUAGCGUCCAGAAUCUACCUUUAAAGACCCCUUUUUACGACAGUAGUGACAAUCCUUACACGCGAUGGCUUGCCACUACGGACAGUAUUCAAUAUUCAUUGUUUCUCCUUUGCGCAGUGCACGGUCUGUCGGCCAGCAGCCAGGACUCCGCCAAGUCCCCGGAACCGUCUGCGGACGAGUCGCCGGACAACGACAAGGAGACUUCAAGCAACGGGAGCGACUCCGGGAAGAAGCGCAAGAGAAGAGUUUUGUUUUCCAAGGCGCAGACAUACGAACUUGAGCGCCGCUUUAGACAACAGAGGUACCUCUCCGCUCCGGAGAGGGAGCACCUCGCGAGCUUGAUUCGCCUGACACCGACCCAAGUGAAAAUUUGGUUCCAGAAUCAUCGGUACAAAAUGAAGAGAGCCCGCGCCGAAAAAGGGCUUGAGUUGUCUUGUAUAGCCACCACAAUCCGCUCCAGUCAGGUGGGCUGGAUGGGCCACGGAGGCACCGCUCGCGCUCCCAGAGUUGAGUGUUUAUGCCUUUCACUAAAUGGAUUGUCUCACCUUCUUCACAAGAUGAACACCAGGUGCUUGAGAUGCCACCACUGCAGAUGCAUCCUGGGGCUUUGAGCUCAGUAAUGAACCAUCAUCCAGACAUGCUUCAAUCAAAUAAUUUCCCCCGGAUGAUGGGAGCAAGGACAAUGUGUGAGCAUCGCGUUACCAAAUCAAGUCACCACGACUUCCUGCGUGAAGAGGAUGUAGAAUAUGUAUUAACUGGCUGCGCCCGUCACCGACUCUUGAUGUGCUUGUGGUGUGUGAUGAAUCUGUGUGUCUCUAAUUAGGAGGUUAGAUGCAUAAGUCCCAGUUUGCUGUUUUGUUUUGUGUGUUCCUUCCUGUUUCCUAAACCAAUUCAUACGCGCUCUAUUAAUAAAGAUGCCAGCAUCUCAUCUCGUUCGCCAGACACCAGGUCAUAAUGCGCCUCGAUUUACCUCACUGUUAUUGACUCUCGACCGCUGGCGACUUGGAGAUUCAAUCCCAAAAACGUAGACGAGUCAACCAUAUCCCAGUUUGAGGUUGUUGUUGAUGUAGUUUAGUUUUGUACAUUUCUUUUUUAAAACAUACGCAUUUAGGGACAACAUGUUAAAGUGUUCAUUUGAGACAAAGGGUCAAAAUCACUGGGAUGAUAAACAGGCCUGCAUCCUAAAAUGACAAGCAGUUUGUUUCAUUUUAAUCAUUAUUGUGAACCAGUGGGACAGGUCAAGCUUGUCCAGCUUUAUGCUGAAUGCUGUGGAGGGUAUGCCAUGGAUCAAGACUGGCAUUGUAGUCCAAAGCAUAAGGCCUAAACCCUCAUAUGAAAUCGGUGUUCAAUAUGUGUCCCUCUUACCUGUAUUGAUGAAUCUGAACACAUUUAUGUACGAUUACUAAUUGCUUCCUUCUCAUAUAUUUGAUGACAUAGUUGUCAUGUUUAGCACAUUGUGAAGAGACCAAUACAAUAAAGUACAGAUUGAUUUAACAAUAAUGUAAAUCCUGAUAUUUUAAAAGCAAUCUUUGGGGAAUGACGUGAAAUUAGCUGACUUUCUGUGACUGGUUACAUUAUGACAAUUGACAUUAUGACACAUACAUACAUACAUACAUACAUACAUACAUACAUACAUACAUACAUACAUACAUACAUACAUACAUACAUACAUACAUACAUACAUACAUACAUACAUACAUACAUGCAUACAUAUACACAUAUAUACAUAAAUAAAUCAGGCAAACAUAGUGUGCAUGGCAUCUCUGUCGAGACUCGGUGUGUCUACACUUCAACCAACAUAGAAAUUUUAAUUUUGUUCUCUACCAACAAAGUAACCUGUAAUUUAUGUACAUAACAAGUUACGAAAGUUGACUGUAUGUUCAAUAUUUCUCUUGCCCCCGGGUGACGUCAAUGUCCCAAUACAAUUAAUUGAAUAUGAAUUAAAGCAAAUAUUUCCAACAUAGAUAUUCAUGGCUCAUACGUCAACCAAUAACAUGUUAUUCAAUUGUAUUAUGUUUUCAAUUCUUCCACACGUUUAUGUUCGAAAUUGAUAGAAAUGUAUCGUAAUCCUUAAUAUUUUCCCCCUGAACAGAAAAGUCUGAUUUCUACAUUAUUGGGAAGGUUCUGUUGUCUGUAGUGAAUAGGAUGACUGAAGAGAGAAUACAGUAGGUCAACUGUACUGCUGGAUGUUAUGAUGAAAACAUGGUUGGAUUGUAAGACAUCAGUGCUGCAUCCACACUUGACUUGUUCAUUGUCAUUGUUUGCAAUAUGACUUAAUGACACUUAACUUGUUCAUUGUCAUUGGUUUGAAUGUUGAGUUGUUGAUGUCAUUUAAAAAAAGACACACAGAGUAAUAAACAGCUGAAACUGUAUUCUGCACUAUAUCAUUGUUUAUAACAUCCACAGUUGUACCUGUAAAUGUUUCUUGUUCUAUCAGUGUUCAUUGUUUUGAAUUUAAUAAAACGGUAAUUCUGUCGUGUCAAAUACAAA